UCAAGGAAACAUGGCGGCGUACAUUAGCAGAGCUGUGAAGCGACUUGUACCUCUGGAGAGCGGUGGGCUCCUGCCCGCAGCCUGGCAGUUGUAUGCCGUAGCAUGGCGUUAUCACCAUCACACUGCAGGCUCCUCGCUGCGCUACAUACCCCGCAGGGCCGUUCUCUACUGCCCUGGCAAUGAUGAGCGAAAAUUGAGAAAACUAGCCUCGCUGGAUGUUGACUGUGCCGUCUUGGACUGUGAGGAUGGUGUAGCCCUCAGCAAAAAGACAGAGGCCAGGGAGACCAUUCCUAAGAUGUUAGCAGAACUGGACCUGGGCCGGACAGAGAAGUGUGUGAGGGUGAACUCGGUGUCCAGUGGCUUAGCUGAGGCUGACCUGCAGGUCAUCCUGCAAGCUGAGGUCCUCCCUCCCGCCAUCAUGUUGCCCAAAGUGGAGGACACGCAGGAGGUGCAAUGGUUUGUUGACAGAUUUCAGCACAACUUGAAAGGACGGGCACUGACAGAACCCAUUCGCCUGGUCACCUUUGUGGAAACCGCUGUGGGCCUGCUCAAUUUUAAGGCGGUGUGCGAGGAAAUCCGUCAGCUCGCUCCCAAGGCCGGUCUCCACCAUGACGGCGUGGUGUUCGGCUCUGAUGACUUCUGUGCCAGCAUAGGUGCCACUCGUACCAAAGAUGCCAGGGAGCUCCUAUACGCGAGGCAGAAGGUGGUUGUGACCACCAAAGCGUUCGGGCUGCAGGCCAUCGAUCUGGUCUACAUUGACUACAAAGAUGUGGAGGGGCUGAGGCAGCAGGCCAGAGAGGGAGCUCUCAUGGGCUUCACAGGUAAGCAGGUUAUCCACCCGGGGCAGAUUCAGGCUGUGCAGGAAGAGUUCUCCCCGAGUCCUGAGAGGGUCCAGUGGGCCAAAGAGCUCAUCGCUGCUUUUGAUGAACACCAAAAGGAAGGAAAGGGUGCGUUCACCUUCUGCGGCAGCAUGAUCGACAUGCCCUCGGUGAAGCAGGCACAGAACAUCGUGACGCUCUCCGUCGUGGUGCCAGAGAAAUGACACGACUGGUAGGAAGAAACCGGAGAGGAACCGCACAGCCAAAUGCUGACGGGAGAGGUCAAAGGAUAAAGGAACUGUUCCAGGUUUCAUGAAAAAAACUCACACUUCAGAAGCUUAUAGACUAUCAGACACACGUGGGUGGUGGUUUGUGGUGUUUAAUUUAAGUUUUUAAUAACUGUUGAAAUGUUUUAAAUGUUGUCGCAGUGGAGUUUAAAAGUUUAAAAUCUACCUUCAGAUGUUUUGACAAUGUAAAAUCUGCACACGGUGAGAACAAGCAGCAGAUCUGCCUCUUGAAACCAUCACUGCCCUGUGUGGCCACGUUUCUUGGCACGCUCCGCAGUGUGCGCGCCAUCAUGCCACUCUCUAGUGUGUGUGUGUGUGUGCCCAUGCCACCCAUCUCUCCCAGGUCAUGAUGAAUGCUCUCCCAUCUCCACGGUCCAGGCAGCUGGGCGAAAGGGUAAACAAACACAACAAGCUACUGUUGUGGGUCUAUUCAUUAGGGCCUCCUAGUCUUCCAGUCAGGCCUCAGCCCCCUGCCCAGGGCCUGACUCACAAACAUCAAAGUGGGGGAAAAAAAAAACCCAGAUGGAAGUGCGUAAACUCACGAUUUAGCUUUUUUGUGUCAGUCUCCUUAGUAAAGACAUGCAGCUCGCCCUGUGGCAGCUGCGAGCCUGCGGUCCUGAUGAGGAAGGCGUGUGGCGUCGGACACACCAUGACCUGUACGACAAAUAAACACUGCGUACAUGCACAUGCUGCGGCAUUUAACUCAGAGUUAAACCUGGAUUUGAAAGUCUUGUUCACCUGUUUUUCAUCUUCAAAUGGUCACUUAUAUAAAAUAAUGAACUCCCGGACAAGUUGAGUAAAGUCGUUUGUUGCGCUGUCACAAAUAAAAGUACAAUGGGGCUCUGUGGAGCGCCUGUGCACGUCUGACUUCCAGAGACAGUGAAGUGGGUGUGAUGUUAGAGUGAGACAGAUUAGUGGCCAUGUUGCUCCAGCAGACCAGGACCGAGGCUUUGUCUCUCUGACUGCGGAUGGGAGGAUAAUUGGGGGGGUGUUGAAUGGUUAAUAGUGCCAUUGGUGACCAUGGUAAUGAAAGGCACCAUACCUCCCCUACCCCACCUCAUCCACUCAUCUCUCCCUCGCUUUCUCUCCACUACUGUAUGAUCUAUUGUGUCUGGGGCAGGACUGUGGUCUGUGCCAGGCCAGGCCAGACAAAAAAAGAUCGAAGGCACUCCUGCGCCCAGCCAAAGACCCCAACAGUAAGCUGUCUCUUUGGCAUUUGGCCACAUAUUUCCCUCACCCCUGGCUCACUUUUUUUUUUGCUUGUUGGGAAUUCAAAUUCAGCUUGUUUGUUUGUUUUCACCCAAUCUACCAUUAUACCCCGAGGUUGGUGGACAAAACUGCUAUUAUGUGUGACUUUCAUUAAAUAAAUCCACAAACAUGAUUUGGGUAGACCCGAUUUUGAGAGAUGGAGACCAGCUGUAUCUCAAAGUUGACUCAAGUGUCAGUUACAGAAUUCAGAUUGUGAUGAGUCUGUGCUUUAAUCGUAAUGUGUCUUGUUUUUGGUGAUGUCAUGAGAUUUUGAUUAAACUUCCAAACACUUUACUGUGACUUUUUAAACUUUAAUUAAUGUCUCAUUUAUUGCAGCUAAAUCUUGUUUGCGAUCUGAAAUGAAUGCAGUGAAAAUCGACUUUCAUAUCUGUAUAAAGUGCCAUCAAAUGUAACUUUUAAUUGCUAAAACUAUAAGCGUAUAUUUCCUGGAAGUUGCAGGGGACACUUUCCUCACAAUAUUUGUAGCUUGAGCAUUUGAACCCCUCAUAAAAACAAGAAAAGAGACGAAAUUGAAGACAUUCACACCAAAAAUUGAUGCAAAAAAGGUGCAAACUGGUGCAGAAAAAUCACCAGAAUGCAGCAGAUGAAGUGUUUUAUGGUUAAAAUGUUUAUUAUUGUUUCAAUUCUGUCCUCCACAAUGUUGAAACAAAACCUGUGCCUUUAAUAAAUACAAUUGAAGAGCUCUCUGACAGCUUCAUAUCGUAGUUUGACACUAAAUAUCGUCUCCAUCAAUAUGUGUUGAAAUAAAAUAAAGUUGCCAGUGUAUGACCAGGCCAUUUUCUUCAGAUUAAUGCAUUGGAGCAUGUAAUGCUUUGAGAUGUAAUUUAAAAUUUGAAAGUUUUAUCCUCUCAAGUGUUUUAUAAAUCCGUCCCCACUGACUCAGAGUACAGCAGAAGUGCACAAUAGGCCUGCAGAAAGUCAUUCUGCAGCACUCAGACUGGAACAGAGGCUCACCAGGUGACUUUAGUGGCGAAGGAGGCCAGUGUGACGGGACAACUUGGCUUUCCCAAGCUGCUCUGCACCAACAGGUGUCCCCACAGACAGGAAGGAAGAUCUCUAAGCGGAGGAAGCAGCACAGGGCAUCACGCAGGGACGAGGCACAAAAAAGGGCAACUCUUGUGAGGGGGAGCAGGAAAUAAUUUGGCCAGUUUAGAGUCCAAGAAAAGACAACAUCCUUAUUUUAAGACACAUAUUAUGAUUUUGCUCUUAUGUGAUGUUGUCUCAGCCCUCCCCCUCUCUGAUUACAGGUAAAACAAACUCCUUUGCUUUUGAGGGAGCUCGUUUUUGCUCAGCAAUUCAGAAGAAAAAAACAUUUGCAAAAAGCCAAAAGAUUUCUGUGACAUCUUUGUAGAUUAGAGGAAUGCAUCCCUGUCUGCCUCCGCUGUGUAAUUCUACAUGACAUUUCUAUUAUGCGUGGAACUGAUAUAAUCUCCUCAGUCCGCUCGGCACUUUUAUUUAAAUACAUCUCUCUGCUAUUCCCUGAGAGAGUAAAUUACAAUUAACACGAUUAUAACCUCACAAAAUUGUGACGGGAAUCAAUUAGGCUGCGAGCAGUAUUUCAUAGCCCGGUAAUGUGUUGGUCGAGAUUGCUUUCAUAAAUUAUGAGGGACAGCGCAGACGGAGAAAAUGCAUGUAUGCAAAACACUGUCAGAGGAAAAUUAAAACGAAAUGUUUUACAUAUUUUUCCAUUAAUCUAAAUGGGACCCGUGUGGCAAGGAUGGUUUUAUUCUAAUUCCCCGCCCGGGGAUGCCCAAAUAAUGACUUGAUGUUUUAAUAGACUUCUAAUGACAAUAUAUGACAAAGUAAUUGCAGCAAAAGAUUAUUCUAAAGCAAUAAAAUACCUCGUUAUUGUAGCUGCAGCACAGUUUGAGAAGUGUAAACCUAUUAGCAAAAAUGGCUUGAGAUAUAACGUGUGCAGAGCUGAUCAACAUAAAACAUUUAGUUUAAGCCAAUUAACUCUGUUUCAAUAUUUAGGAAUAUUGUUUAAAUAAAUUAGAGCUUUUCUUCUUUUUUUUCUUUUUCAAAACGGCUCCAAAAGGCCAUCAUGUGAGAGAAAUGUGACACAACUAUUACAGUCGGUUGUUAAUUUUGCAGCAGCCCUGAGGCAGACAACAAAAUGUUUUUUUAAUUAUCAAUUAUGGCUCUCAAAAAUAAUAAUAAAAAGGCUUUAAAUUAAAAAGAAAUUAGCUCUGUUAUACUUUCUUUUUAAGAUUGGCAUUCUUAUCUUGUAGGAAUGUGGAAUAAGCUGCCAGAAAAGUGGUUGCACCGUUUUUGUUUUUUUUUUUGUUUUUUUUUUAAUUAAUUUAAGCAUAAAAUAAUGAUGAUACUGUAAAAUAAAUCAAAAGCUGUUAAUAAAAUCUUCACUCUUUACUUUUAUUUAUUCUAUUUGGGUCAUUUUUCUAUUACUGACAGGCUCCACUAACAUUUUCUGCUGCUUUAUUCUGAAUAUUAGAGGAAUAAUUGUUUAAUAUUUUCCCUCUGAAACCACAGAAAGCAGUGGUUGUCUUUCCUUAUUUCCCCGCUGCUGACAGCCGCACGUCCGGCCCCAUUUCUUUCCCUCCUCUCUCUCUGUCUCUGUCUCUUCUCCAGUGCGUUUGCAUGAUAUGAAAUUCACCGCGGCCUGCGUGUGCUGCCUGAGUGAUCUGGCACAUGUGGACCAUUACUAACUUCAUUUGAGGAGACCUUUUGUCUGAGUGUCCCCGUCAGCGUGGCAGUGCGAGGGGACGGAGCGGCGUGGCACGACUCUGGAUCAGACAUGUUAAAUCCCAACUUUUAUUUCUUUUCCCACCUUCAUAUUGUUAUAUUUUAAUGCAGCAUCAUAAACACACCUCCAUAAGGCCUCAUGUGACGCAAAAAUAAUUUUAAAAUUGCCUAAAAAUACAUUUUCUGUACAAAUUUUGCUCAAGUAAGUGGAUUUUUUUUGGUCAAAGCA